CCCAGCAAGAUGCUGACCUGGCGGCUGCAGACCCGGGCUGAGAAGGCCCAGCUGCAGGAGCUCAACGCCCGGCUCUACGACUACGUGUGCCGGGUGCGCGAACUGGAGCGGGAAAACCUGCAGCUGGAGGCGGCGCUGCGCGGCCGGCGCGGGGCCGAGGCGCGGCUGUGCGCGCAGGAGGCGGACGCGCUGCGGGCCGAGGCGCUGGAGCUGGAGCGGCUGCGCGCGCAGCUGGAGGACGAGCUCCUGCGCAUGAGCGAGGAGUGCGGGCUGCAGGCGGAGGAGCGGCAGAGGGUGAUUGACUGUCUGGAGGAGGAGAAGGAAGCCCUCACCUUGGCCAUGGCUGAUCGAUUAAGGGACUAUCAAGAACUUCUGCAGGUGAAGACCAGCCUCAGCCUGGAGGUGGCGACCUAUAGAGCCUUGUUGGAAGGAGAAAGCAAUCCGGAGAUAAUCGUCUGGACAGAGGAAGUUGCCAACAUGCCACAAGAUUUCAGAAACACAUCCUACCACUACACUGACUCACUAUUACAGAGGAAAAAUGAAAGAAAUCUGCUUCUAAGACAGAAAGCACCCCUGGCAUCUGUAAAUCACAGCUCGGCUCUAUAUUCCAAUGGAGUCAGGUACCUGGGGUCCCAGACAGCCACACCUGUCAGAAGUGCAGCCACACGAGGAGUCCUGACCCCAGGCUAUUCUUCCUCCGCUACCACCCUGCAGGAAAACGCUUAUGAAAAAACCAUCAAGAGUCAGACCAGUUUCAGAACUGUCUCUCCAACCCUCGGUCUUGGAAGAGAUACAGAUGCUUACGUGAAAACAUUCCCUAGUAGACCGAAAUCAGAAGGUACCAGAGACAUCCUUGCUCAUUCGGCCCACGAGUCACUCCGUGAGGGCCGAGACAGCAGGACGGGAGCCGGGGAGCGUGCUCGGUCACACGAGAGGAGUGUCAUUCUGGGAAAGAAAAUAGAAGUGGAAACCACCAAGGAACAGGAACGAGAGAGACCAGGAAUUGUCCAGAUAAAACCAGAAAGGAAAAUGUUCGAUUCUAAAGAGAAGGCAUCCGAGGAGAGAAACUUAAGGUGGGAAGAACUAACAAAGUUGGAUAAAGAAGCGAGAAAGAGAGAAAGCCAGCAGUUGAGAGAGAAAGCCACAGGGAAGGAAGCAUUGAAGGAGAAAGAUGACAAAGGAAGAGAGAUCCCAAUAACUCUAGAAACAUCCCAGGUCACCCGACCGGAAGUGUCCGUGAAAGGUCUCCAGACACUCAGGAAGAAGGAUGCAGGUGACAGCCAGGACACGGAGGCGGUAAAAAGAGAAACUAGGUUCAGGCUGGACACCAGGCACACCGCCAGCUCUCUGCCAGGUGAUUCCAUGACCGAAACGAUCGCUGAAAACAUUGUCACCAGUAUCCUCCAGCAGUUCACCCAGUCUCCCGAUGCAGAAGUAUCUGCCGAUUCUUUCCCAGACACAAAAGUCACUUUUGUGGGCAGGCAGGAGCUUCCUGGUGGCAAGAAAACCAAGACGGAAAUAGUCGUGGAAUCCAAACUGAGGGAAGACGUAGAUGUUUCUCAAGAAGCCGGCCUAGAUUACCUUCUGAGCCAGAAUGUCAAGGACGUGGGCCUGAAGGGGAAAUCGACCGAACAGAUGAUAGGAGACAUAAUCAAUCUGGGGUUGCAAGGAAGGGAGGGGAAGGCAAAGGUGGUCAAUGUGGAGAUUGUGGAAGAGCCCAUGAGCUACAUAGGUGGUGGGGAGUCCCCCACCCCCUUUCAAGUGGAGGAGGCUGAUGACAUGACUCCCAGCUCCAUGGGGAUUGUCGAGGAAGAGGAGGAGGAGGGAGAGACGACGGAUGUCCCAUUCUCUGAUCGCCAACCUGAAAAGACCAAGCAGGCCUGGAAAAACAGACCUCUCGUGGAAGAAGUGACAGAGGCAGGUGACUCAGAGGGAGAGCAGAGUUAUUUUGUGUCGACCCCCGAGGAGCACCCUGGGGGGCUUGGCAGAGACAAGGACGAAGGCUCGGUGUAUGGGCAGAUCCACAUUGAAGAAGAGUCUACCAUCAGGUACUCUUGGCAAGACGAGAUUGUGCAGGGCACUUGUCGGAGAAAGAGGGGCCACGUGACAGGUGAGAAGGACAGGGAUGUGGAAGCUGUGGAUAUCCUGGCUCCCCCCUUAGGGGGUGGCCUGGGUUCCGCCCACUGGAAGGAAGAAGCUAGUGGUGAAGUACACGCAGAGCCCACAGUCAUCGAGAAAGAAAUCAAAAUACCCCACGAACUCCACACCUCCAUUAAGCGUGUCUUCUCCAAGGAGCCCCGGCAUGAGCUGGUGGAGGUGAUUGGGCAGCUGGAGGAAACCCUUCCAGAGCGCAUGAAGGAGGAGCUGUCCGCCCUCACCAAGGAGGGCCAGGGCGAGCCAGGGAGCAUGUCGGUGGACGUGAAGAAAGUCCACACCUCCGGGGGCGGGGCCGUGACCUUAGUCGCGGAGGUCAACCUGUCACAGACCGUGGAUGCCGACGAGUUGGACCUGGAGGAGCUGAGCCGAGAUGAUGCUGGGGAAAUAGAAAAGACGGUCGAGGCAGUGGUCAGAGAGAGCUUGAUCAAGCGACCCAGCCGGACAGCUGGCAGCCCGGACAGUGAGGACUGGACAGAGGUGCCAGUGGGGGGCAUUCGCUUCAAGCGCUGGGCCACCAGGGAACUGUAUAGCCCAUCCGGUGAGUGGGAUGACACCAGCCAGGCCUCUCACGGCACUGACCGGCCCACCGUCCAGGGCCCAGUGUCAGCCACUGUGGAAGUCAGCAGCCCACGGGGUUUUGUGCAAUCUCACGUGGUAGAGGAUAUCAGCCAGUCUGGGAGGCACGUUAAGCUAGGCCCCACUGCCGUCUGGAGGACCGAGCGGGUCUCCCAUGGAGCAGCUGGUGCAGAGGUGUUAGAGGUGGACCUGAAUAACGCAAGGGCGAGCCCCAGCCGAACCCCAGGGGCAAAGAUGGAAGCAGACGCUUCUGACUCUGGUAGCUGGAGAGCCACAGGCAAUAGGGACGAUCAAGAAGCGGGCAGGAGCUUUCAGCCUUCUGUUGGGGAUGAGCGCCAGGCCCCUGCAGAGCAGGGGGCAGAGCAGGCUGGGUUUGACAAGAUGGUGCAGCUACAAAGAAUCGUAGACCAAAGGUCGGUGGUUUCGGAUGAAAAGAAAGUGGCCCUCCUCUAUCUAGACAAUGAGGAGGAGGGGGAGGAGGAGAGUGAUGGACAUUGGUUCUGACAAACUGACAUGUUCUGAUCUACCUGGCAUCUUGUUUGGAGGCGUGCCGACACGGCUAAAAGACUUCCCUUAAUCUAUGACAUGGGAAGAGGCUCACGAUCAAAACUUCCUCUCUCUCCAUUUUCUUUGGAGAACUCCAGGCAAUGUCAAGUUCACUUCAGAUUUAAUCCGUAAAGGUUCCAAGGGUAAUUUGUGCCCUUAAGGGCUUUGGAAUUUCAUUUUCCUAUUGGAACUUUUACAAAAUAUUUCUUAGUCUUUUUAAUUUUUUUAAAAAAGUUGCCUUUUCCAACUUGGUGACGUAUAGUUAAUGCCCAUAAGCCUAGCUACUCAGGGAGGCUGAGAUCUGG